AUUACCGUGAAACUGAGGUCAGAAGUUCUCUCUCACAGCCAUCUUGGAUAUAGCGUCCCAAGUCGCAACCAUGCCUGGUGAAGCCACAGAAACGGUCCCAGUCACCGAGCAGGAGAUGCAGCAGCCUCAAGUGGAGACCGCUGCUGGAGUAUUGAAUUCUUCUGCUCCCCCUGAGACGGCCGUUCCCGAGAUGGCCAUCCCUGUGGGCAAGCCAGUCCCACUGGAGAAUGCUCCAGAAACCUCUGUUCCCGAUCCAGAGACAGGCUCCCCAGAAGAAGCUAGCAUUCAGACUACUGUUGAUCAAGCAAAUGGCGUAGCUGCAACUCAAGAAACUCAAAAAGUGACCGAGCAAACUGACGAGACUGGUUUGGCGGAAACACCUGUCAUGCAGCAAGAGGCGACUGCUGACCCAGCAGAGGCUGCAACAGAGGCACCAGCUGACUUACCAGUUCCUGAAGAAUCUGUGCCUUCUGCUGAGACUCCCAGUGCUCCCUCAGAAGAGCCACACGCUCGUGAAGAAGCGGCUCCAACUGCAGAGGUCCAAAGUCAGGAGGCUGUUGUUUGUGCUGAAGAAAUGGUCAGCCAAGAGGUGGAGCAGAUUUCUGUUGAAGCAGAGGUCUCUGGAGACAAGCCCGAUACAGUGGCAGAAGAAAUUCCCAGUGAUCCGAAGCCAUCUGCUCCUGAAGACGUCAGUGUAAACAGUGAAGAUGUCACAACAACCGAUGCCCCAAAGACUGAGGUAGAAGACUUGAAGAAUCUUAACCAGGAUGCACCUCAAGAGGAAGUAUCGCCUGGUGACGUGAACGUAGACGUGGCCACUCAAAAUGAAGAUCCUGAUAUGAAAGAAGCUGUUACACUCGUCUCCAAAGCCAUUCAGUCAAAGGAGUCCUCCAAAUGUGAAGGCCCAUCUCUUUCCACUCGCCACCUGUCAGGAUCCGGUACUGAGUCAGACAGCGAUGACUCAGUCCCUGAGCUGGAGGAACAGGACUCUGCACAGACACAGACACAGCAAGCUCAGCUUGCAGCAGCUGCCGAAAUAGACGAGGAACCUGUCAGCAAAGCCAAACAGAGCCGCAGUGAAAAGAAGGCACGAAAGGCAAUGUCAAAGCUUGGUCUCAGGCAGGUAACAGGGGUCACCAGGGUCACCAUUCGCAAGUCAAAGAACAUCCUGUUUGUCAUCACCAAACCAGACGUCUACAAGAGCCCUGCAUCAGACACAUACAUCGUCUUCGGUGAAGCUAAGAUCGAAGAUCUGUCCCAGCAAGCCCAGCUGGCUGCCGCAGAAAAGUUCAAGGUACAGGGAGAAGCCGUAUCAAACAUCCAGGAAAACACACAGACGCCAACAGUACAGGAGGAGAGCGAAGAAGAAGAGGUUGAUGAGACCGGAGUUGAGGUCAAGGAUAUUGAACUCGUCAUGUCACAAGCCAACGUGUCGCGGGCGAAGGCUGUACGCGCCCUGAAAAACAACAACAACGACAUUGUCAAUGCUAUUAUGGAGUUGACAAUGUAAGGGGGACCCUGGCAACAAAGGGUUGAAGAAAGGUUGCUGAUUUAAGCUCGUUUAUACAAUUUAUACCCAAGAUGGAAAUAAAGUUGUGGCUUGAUAAAAUGAAAA